AUGUCGGCGUCGGCGAUAUACAACCACCGCUCUUUACAACCAACAGGCCCACCCGCACCCGGCGCCACCAACACUCGCGGUCGCCUCGACGAGUCGCUCGAUGGCAUACGACAGGAAUUUGAACUCCUCACACAGGAGCUUAACAUCAUGAGAGGACAGAGAGACGAAUACGAGUCCAAAAUCGCCUCGCAAGUUAACGAACUGAACAUUAUCCGACAAUCACUAUACGACCUUGAAUCGCAGCAUGGGAAGAUCCGACAGCACUACGAAGAGGAAAUCGCACGCGUACGCGCCGAGGGUAGGGCGAGCGUUAAUCAAGGCAUUGCAUCACUUGGUGGACCCAGCACCGGUCCUGGGUCGGCUGUUGCCCAUGCUGGCAUUCCGUCGGGCCCAGGGGGACCACCAGUUGUCGGUCCUGGUCAGGGAAUGGGGAUGGGUCCCGGACUAGGUGGUGCUGGUGGACCACCAGGGCUGCAGGGCGCUGGGGCGCCGCAGGGCAUGUACGCAGCAGAUCCUUACUUCCGCGACCGGGAGCGCGACCGUGACCGAGAACGAGAACGAGACCUGCGAGACCGAGAUGGACGGGAGCGCGACAGGAUGGGGCCCGUUGGACUGGGUGAGAGGGACGCACGCGAGCGGGAUGUGCGGGACCGCGAGCGCGAACGUGACAGAGAACGCGACCGCGACCGGAUGGUGGUCGACCGGGAGCGGGACCCCCGCGAGCGCGAGCGCGAACGGGACCGGGAACGAGAGCGCCUCGUCGACCAGCGCGACCCGAAGCGGCUCAAGGCGGACAGGAUCAAGAACGAUCGGCCGGACAACUAUAGCCCGUCACUCGGCCCCGGACCUACCCCGAAGCUGCCCCCGCCCUCCUCAUCCAUCGGCCCACCACCGCCCAACAUCCCCGGUGCCGGCGGCCCACCCGGCCACCCGCCCCCGCCAUCCCAGCAGGGCCCGCCGUAUCCCUCUUCCUCCGUCCCUCCUGGCGCCGGCCCCGGCGGCAGCAUGGAGGGCAACUCCCUCGGCCUCAUGCCCGGCGGGCCUGGCAGCACUAUGGGCCCCGGUGGCGGCGGUGGUCCCCCUGGCACUGCAGGCGCUGGGCCGUCCACUGCUGUCGUGCCUGGCGCGGGCCUGCCCCCAAGUUUUCCGGACGAUCUCGACAUCCACAACAUCCCGCCUGAGCUGAAGAAAGAAGGCGCGGACUGGUUCGCCAUUUUCAACCCCAAGGUCAAGCGUGUGCUUGAUGUCAACCUGAUGCACACGUUGAUGCAUGAGAGUGUGGUCUGCUGUGUGCGCUUCUCGGCGGAUGGGAAGUAUUUGGCGACGGGGUGUAAUAGGACGGCGCAGAUUUAUGAUACGAAGUCGGGUGCGAAGACUUGUGUGUUGGUCGACGAUUCUGCUGGCAAGGCCGGCGAUCUGUACAUCCGGAGCGUAUGCUUCAGCCCAGACGGCAAGUACCUCGCCACAGGCGCAGAAGACAAGCAAAUCCGAAUCUGGGACAUCGCAAAGAAGCGCAUCCGGAACGUCUUCGACGGACACCAACAAGAGAUCUACUCCCUCGACUUCUCACUCGACGGCAGGCUCAUCGUCUCAGGCUCCGGCGACAAGACAGCCCGGAUCUGGGACAUGAUGGACGGGACCUCCAAGGUUCUCACUAUCAACGAUCCCGACUCGCUGAAUAACGACGCCGGCGUCACCUCCGUCGCCAUCUCCCCCGACGGGCGGUUCGUUGCCGCCGGCAGCCUCGACACCGUCGUGCGCAUCUGGGACGUCGCCACUGCCUCGCUCGUUGAGAGGCUACGAGGGCACAGGGAUAGUGUGUACAGUGUUGCGUUUACUCCUGAUGGGAAGGGUCUGGUUAGUGGGAGCUUGGACAAGACGUUGAAGUAUUGGGAUGUGAGUGGACUUGGCUCCGGUGGUGUCAAGGGCCGGAAAGAGGGAGCGGCGAAUGGCGGCAUCGUGAGUGGGCCGGGCGGUGCGGGCAGGAAGGAUUUGGAUAAGGCGAGCCAGUGCACGAUGAACUUUACGGGGCAUAAGGACUACGUCCUCUCUGUAGCCGUCUCGCACGACGGCGUGUGGGUCGUCUCCGGCUCCAAGGACCGAGGGGUGCAGUUCUGGGACGCGCACAACGCGAUCGUGCAGUGCAUGCUCCAAGGACACAAGAACAGCGUCAUCUCGAUCGAUCUCAGCCCCGCGGGCAACGUCCUCGCGACCGGCUCGGGCGACUGGCAGGCCAGGAUAUGGAGCUAUACGACGGUGUAG